AUGGAAAUCAUCAAGCGGAGAAACGAUGAACCAGAUACUGGAGUGUCGCCGUCCACUGAGCCUCUCACAUCACACGAGUAUGUCCUAUCGCCUCGACCUAUAAGUUCGCUCAAUGCCGUCUCUGAUGAUCUGCUUCAUGCGCCAUCAUUAUAUGAACAAGGAGAUGAAUCUUGGACCAGCGUCAGUUCUGGAACUUCACUUCUAUCACCCGCAUUCGAUCUGAACCUUGACAACUUUUCAGACGAUUCAGUCGACGAUUAUUGCAUAGGUUCCCCAGUCGAGAUUGACUUCGAUCGAUUUCAACACGGUCCUGUAAAAUCAAGAAGCCCUGAUCUGCCAGUCAUACAAGAGGAAGAAGAAGAGGAGGAGAUUUGUAAAUUAGAUAAGGAGCUCGAAGGCAGUAUGGCUGAGCGCAGCUUCGCCACGGAUAAAGGAGAAGACAAUAAGUUUCAAUCCGAUUACAACAUGGAGGAUAGACUGAUGAUUGACCAUAGUUGGACCCCUCUAGAACCCUCCAUUACUCGAUGGUCAGAUAAAGAUCUGUCUGGGCAUCAGGAAGAACUUUCGGCAUCUGAUUUAGCCAGACGAUUAGUUGAAGUAAACAUGCAGCGAUAG